CGGAUACAGCAGCAUUUAUAAAAGAAAAUUCAAAGUGAAAUAAACCAAAGAGAAAUAAGGAAAUCGAAAACUAAGAUUCAAAGUAUAAUUAAAAGCGUGAAAUUUUUGAAAGUAGCAAAAACGAUGUCAUUAGUUCCUACUUUGUGGAGAGACAUGGAUGAUUUCUACGCUAAUCCAUGGAGAUUACAGCACGAUUUAAUUCCUUCAUGGCGACGACCAAUGUCAUUUUUUGACGAUUUUGGAUUUGGUUUCCAUCCCCAUGAUCUUAACGAGAUGCUGAGAAUACCUCGUGAAUUUAGACAAAUGGAACAACGUUCGAGAGAAUUGCAAAGACAAAUGAUGGGGGAUAUAAAUGAGGUAAUUCCAACAACUGGCAAGGAUGGUUUUCAAGUGUGCAUGGAUGUUCAACAAUUUAAACCAAGUGAAAUUACUGUAAAGACAACUGAUAAUUCGGUGGUUAUUGAAGGAAAACAUGAAGAACGACAAGAUGAGCAUGGUCAAAUCAGUCGUCAUUUUAUUCGACGCUAUACACUUCCUAAAGGAUAUGACCCAAAAUCAAUAAGUUCUGAAUUAUCUUCAGAUGGGGUUCUGACUAUCAAGGCACCUCCACCACAAGCUAUUGAAAAUAAUGAGCGUGUAAUCAGCAUUCAACACACAGGACCGGCUCGACUUAAUGUUAAAGAAAAUAAGCCAAUUGAAGACAAAAAGUAAAUUUACAUCCAAAAGAUGUUUAAGAACAGCAUUUCAUAAAUCAAAAUUCUGGACUUUUGGUUAUUUUUUAGAAUAGUUCAAAGACUCAUGUCACAAAAUUUAUAAUUUUUACCAUAAUUAAUCACCAAUAAAGGAUAAUAAAUAAGUAUUUGUCAUACAAAAAAAGUUUUACGUAGCAGUGCUAUAAUAGAAAAAGAAUUUUGUAAACUACCAAAG